AUGCGUCAAUCUACUCUCUUUUCAGUUUUAGGAUCUGCAGCUGUUGGUGUUUCUGAGAUCACCGAUGGUACAUGGAAAACCCUGUCGCCAAUUCCAUACAACGUUCGCCAAGAGCAUUUUGUCAUUGCUCAUGGCAACGAUACCUUCUACAUCAUGGGAGGCAUUGUCCCAACUGACCCCUCGGUGCCCAAUGUUACCACCACAGUGAACAUUUAUGAUAUUCCAACCGACACUUGGUCCAACAAGAGCGAUCUACCUCUAGCCCUCAACCACCUCAAUGUCGGUCUUGUCGGGGGAAAGUUCUACUCCAUCGGCGGCCUACAAGUUUUCCCGGAUGCAUGGGAGGGUAUUGGCAAUAUCUUCGUAUAUGAUCUGGAGGCAGACACGUGGUCCAACCUGACUACCACUCUCCCGGAAAAUACCUUUCGCGGAGCUUGCGUGACUGCCGUCCAGGAUGACGAGAUCAUCUGGAUGGCUGGCGGCGUCAAGAUUCUGGUCCCGGGCGUGGGAGGCUACCAGCUCUCGACCAGUAACGUGACAGCGUACAAUGUCACGUCUGACACGUUCUUGGAUCUGCCCGAGGCAGCGGCGAAUCUGCCUGAGGCUCGCGACCACUCUGUCGGAGGCAUCAUUAACAACAAAUUCUGGCUCUCGGGCGGUCGAAUCGACGGCCAACCCAACAUGCGCAACACGACGUUCUUUUUGGACCUCGACAACCUCGAGCAAGGGUGGGUCACCACCGAUGCGCCGCUGCCAACUGCGCGUGCCGGCUCGUUCUUCGCCAUUCAGGAUGAGCUCAUCUACACGUUUGGCGGCGAGGUUAACUACAACAGCAGCAACGGCCUGGGCGUCUGGGACGAGGUAGAGGUCUUGAACACAACAUCCCUGACGUGGACCUCACUGUCGCCAAUGAAUGUCCCGCGGCAUGGAGUAAACGGAGUUAACAUCAACGGAGUGAUCUACUUCCCAGGAGGCGGCUUGCAUAAUAACGCAUGGCCAACAAACUAUACUGAUUCCUAUACUCUGCCGGGUUUCUGA